UCUUCACUCUGACCUAGGUUUUUUGACAUCUCUCUCAGUCUCUCUCGUUAAACCCCAUCCAUCACAUUUGAAGCGGCAAGUAACGAAAUCUCCAGAACGAACCAUGGAUCCGAAUCAAACCUCGAUGUGGAGUUCUAUUGUGAAGAAGGAUCCACCUUCAAAGCCUCCGGUUAACGACGGAUCUCCGGCAGCGAUUCUCGGGAUAGUCGGAAACUGCAAAUCCACAAAGGGAAUAUCUGUGGCGGUUGUUGAUGCCAAUGCCGUCAUUCAAGGAGGCCAAAGCUUAACAAACUUCGCCGACAAAUUCGUAACCGUCCCUGAAGUGCUCUCCGAGAUUCGUGACCCUGCUUCUCGCCGUCGUCUCGCUUUCAUCCCUUUCACUAUUGAUACCAUGGAACCUUCCCCUGAAUCUCUCAGUAAAGUUAUUAAAUUUGCAAAAGCUACUGGUGAUUUGCAAACUCUGUCUGAUGUUGAUCUCAAAUUGAUUGCUUUGUCAUACACGCUUGAGGCUCAGGUUCAUGGCACUAAAAAUCUUAGAGAUGUUCCUCCACCGAUUCAAACUGUUAGAGUUAAGAGGUUACCUGAGAAGGAUUUGCCUGGUUGGGGAUCCAAUGUGGCUAAUUUGGAUGAGUGGGAGGCACUUGAAAACGAGACUGAGGAAAAAUCCAACGCUAACUCCAAAAUCCUUCCGUUGAAAGAACUUAUCAUGAAUGUUCUCGGUUCAGACACUGUUUCUGAGGUUGGUUCUGUUGUCUCUCGUACUGAAGAGGAUGAGCAGGAAGGUGAGAAGAAGCAUAGGCGAUUCCCGCCCAAGAAAACAGAGAUCAAGCUUGAGGGUAAGAUGGUAGUGGAGGGAAUUGAUGCAUCCAAGGGGCAAUAUGGUGAUGAUGAUGAUGCCAGUGAUUGGAGACCUGCUGUUAGUAGAAGUACUCACUCAAGGUUUCUUAGAAGAAAGGCCAAGUGGGAACAUUACAAUGCCUUGGCUGAACAAGAAAUUCAGAAGGAUCAAGAAGCUGACAAAGCUCGACACUUGGUUGAUGACACAGCUGAUCUGCAUCAGCAGUCAAAUCAGAUGUCUAAAGAUGCCGAUGAAAGCCAUGCAAAAGAUAGUGGAAAGAAUGGUGAGGAUCUAUCGUCCAUCUUAAAAGACAUGAGGUUGGAGGAAGAUUCACUAAAAGAAGGGACGAAUGCUGAAGCAACUUUCAUCAGUGGUGAGGAUGAUAUUGAAGUCGAAGCUGAGGGGAUCGAUGUUUCAAAUCAAGAAUUAGAGGUUGCUAGUGAGGCUGGGGAUACCUUUGAGGCAUCGUCCAUUGCAGAUGAUGAUAGCAGUGAGCAGAGUUGGUCGGUGAGAGCCUUGUCUGAGUCUAGUGUGGCCUGUAUAACCGGUGAUUUUGCAAUGCAAAAUGUUAUUCUUCAAAUGGGUUUGCGUUUACUUGCACCUGGAGGAAUGCAAAUUCGCCAAGUGAACAGGUGGAUUUUGAAAUGCCAUGCUUGCUACACAGUAACUCCUGAAAUUGGAAGAAUCUUCUGUCCUAAGUGUGGGAAUGGCGGCACUCUACGCAAGGUAGCGGUUACAAUAGGCCAGAACGACAAAAGCUUCUGCUGA